AGCUAUCUCCAGUGCUCCUGGCAAGCAUUGCAAAGUAGCAUGUACGACUUCAGAAAACGGGAAUGGUGUCUGGAUCUGUUACUCCUCCUGCUUCUGACAAUGGGACUUCCAGAUCAUUCAGUACCAAGAGAAAUUGCUACAACGGGCAGCAACAUAACUCUGCAAGCCUUCAAGGGACAGCUUGAAUCCUACAAAUAUCUCACCUGGCUAUACACUACCAAACAGAAGAUUUUAGAAUAUGCGUAUAACAAAAAAGAGACUAUCUUCGAUUCUGCAUUUAAAGGCAGGGUCAAACUUAACCAUACAAGUGGUGCACUUCAUAUCUAUAAUGUCCGGAAAGAAGACAAAGGUGACUACUACAUGAGAGUGUUGAAUGAAACUGAGAAAGAGUACAAUAUAAUCCUGGAUGUAUUUGAUCCUGUGUCCAAGCCUUUCAUAAAAUUUGAGACUAAAAAUUUGCCUGGCUCUUGUCAUCUGAAGCUAUCGUGUAAGAUAGAGCAACAGAAUGUUCAAUACACUUGGUAUGAUGACUCGGGGUCUCUUCCCAAAGACCGUACAGGAGAUGUGCUCGAAAGAAUUGUCACUCCACAGAACAGGUCUACGUUUUACACCUGCGAAGUCCACAAUCCGGCAAGCAGCAAAAAUGACACAGUGUACUUCACUCUACCUUGUACUGUGGCAAGAUCCUCUGGAGUACGCUGGAUUGCAACGUGGAUAGUGGUCAUGGUACCCAUCAUUCAUGCCAUAUUGCUGACCUGAGAUAAACUCUUCUCACUCAAGAAUGAACCUUCAAGGCCACAAGAUCCUGCCUUCAUCCCCAGCAGUGCUCCUGCCUAGGAAAGCAGCUCUGGCUCUAAGGCACAGAAAAAAUUAUGUUGUUGAACAUUUGUGAGGGUUUUUAUUUUCUUACAAUCCCAGGGUUAAAUCCAGGGCCUCGAGCAUGCUAUAGAAGUGCUGUGCUACUGACCUGUGUGCCCAUCCAUUUACAAAAAUUCUUAUAGUAACCUUUUAAAAGUUGUGCUUAAUUUCUAAUUUUACAUACACUGUUUCUUUUCCAACAUACAUUAAAGAUAAAUUCAUUAUUUUCACCAAAAUACAUGACUACAUUAUCCUAA